GCUGGUGUUAGUGCUGAAAAAACGACAGAGGAUUUCGAAUCAAGAACAGAACGUUCUCAGAGCGGCGACAGUGACUCUGUGCUUUUAAUGGUUGCCACGGCUCGCGAAAAGGCGGACUCGCGUUACAACAUACUGCUCCUAAACAGUCACCUAAACAGAAACAAAUACGUCGCCGUUACGCAUCGAUCGCUGCAAUCCUAAAAGUGUAUAGGAGAAAAUGUAUGGUUUUGACGUGAUUCAAACUGAUCAUUAAAAUCGUAUCAUCACACAUCCCCCCUGUGUGUCAUGUCCCGCAGCAUCACUUUCCCUUCCCUAGCGACGGUCGGAUGGGCGAAGUGUGUUUGUUAUUGUUGAAUUGUUGAUAUUAUUUCUCCCAUCGCUGGCGGAUCGCCCUCAGCUGUGGUCCUAUCCCGGACCACACCAACACAAACCACAGCAUCUCCAAGCCAGCAUCUCUCCAGCGAAACCGGCUGCAGUGCCAGCAACAAAACAGUCAUCUCCCUGUCAGAGAGGAUCACGAGCACUCACAAUUAUUCCGGAGCGUAUUAUGAUUCUGGAGAACCACUAUCACAUGUGUGACCGUAUCGCACAGGCAAAACAGGUGCCCGUGGCCGUUAAUCGGCGUCAAUUGCAACGCGAUAGCGAGUGAGUGCUGACACAUUCGUUUUUCACGCUUGCCAGAAGUUCCCCGCAUGUGUUCGGAUGCUGGAGAUAUUAUACUACCAGCUGAGUAGUGUAGCAGUACCAUCAAAUAGUCAGUAAAACUCACUUCGCGGAAUACGUGGUGGUGCGUGUUUUCGAUCUGUGCAAGGAGAAUUAGCUAACGGAAGCAACGCGGAGGGAGGAAGACCGUGUGCCGUGGCCACAUCGGACUCGUGUGUUCCAGUGGAGCAUUUCACUGUCCAGACUUCAAAUGUGCAAAUGAGCAGUGUGCGAUGAGGUGUCACGCUAGCAGCGGCAUCAAAAGUGCAACGGAAGUAGGGCCCGAUACAUCACCGCUAGCCAAGCACGAUAAGGGACUGUUGUCGUCGAUGAGGUCGUGCAUGCCGGACAGCAGUGAGGACAGCGGUGGCUGUACACUUGGCAUCGACCAGCGCACGGGCCGCCUGCACUGGUGCCCAGGGUACAGGUUCGUGAAGAUCCUGUUCGUAAUACCGGCAGCGAUGCUUCCGAUCGGUUUGCUGUUUCUGCUGUUAUCUCGGUUUCAGGUGGUUGGAUCGGUUAGACUCAGCAGCCAGCUGGCUGACCCGAUGAGCAUUCUCGGUGGAAGCGGCGAGAUUGGCUACUUUACCGAGGAGCAGCUGGCGGCCAACCACCUACCGGAGGAGAUCGACUGGGCGGAGGAGCAGUCCGGUGACGUUGAGCGUCGCUGUCAACCCAUACCCGAAAAGGGACCCGGUGAAAGCAUCGAUACGGAGGAUCGGGGACUGUUGCGGGGUAUCGUGAGGACUUCCUUCAUUCCUUCCGAGCGACGUAUCCUGCCCGCUGAUUGCUUGGGCGAGCCGCCUUUAAAUCUUAACCAACGGCAGUCCCCACCUGCCACUGGUGCCGAGCCCGAGCGACGACGCGUCCGAAAGUCUUUGGCUUGGAUCAACGAUGAUCGAAGCAGUCCGGCGAGUGUUCGGGCCGCCCAGGUGCAGAUCAUGAAGCAGUACAUGGAUCCGCACGCUGAUCCGUGUGAUGAUUUCUACCAGUACGCGUGCGGUAACUGGGAUCGAGUGAAUCCGAUACCCAAAGACAAAGCCGCCCUAGACACAUUCGAGCUGUUGCGCGAGAGUCUCGAUUUGGUGCUGAAAAACCUGCUGCUCGAGGGUGAACCGGCGGGGCUGCACGAUGUGGAAAAUGCGCUGUCGACCGUACGAUCGCCACAGCUUGGCAAAAGGGCUACAACCACAACAGCCUCGGUUACGGUGGCUGGAACGACCGAUCUGUUGCAAGACACGAUCACAGCCGCAGAAAAACUGCAUCGCGUACGAAAGCGUGGCCGCGCCGAUCAGAACCGUUCCCGGCGUGCUGUGCAAAAUAAGCUUAUCAUACGCUCAGCGCAAGUAAAGCGCGUCCGCAAGCGUGAGCUACUUAUCAACGAUGAUGCCGAAAUGAAGGCGCGUCAUCUGUUCGUGUCGUGUAUGAACUACGCUCUAAUUGAGCAACGCGGAUUGGAACCGUUGCGCACACUGCUGCACAGUCUCGGUGGCUGGCCCGUGCUCGAACCGGACACCUGGGACGAGGCGAACUUCGAUUGGCUCAAUCUUACGGCAGCGCUGCGGCGCUACAACAAUGACGUGCUGAUCGUCGAAUGGGUUGGCCCGGAUAUUAAGAACUCGGACGAGAACAUCGUGCAGUUCGAUCAAACUUCGCUGGGCCUGCCGACGCGUGACUACUACCUGCAGCCAGGCAAUCGGAAAUAUCUGGAAGCGUACCGCCAGUUUAUGGUGGAGGUGAUCGGAUUGCUCGGUGUGCCGGCCGACACAGCGCGGGCGGCAACGGAUGAGAUGAUCGACUUUGAAACGCAGCUGGCCAACAUCACCAGUACGCCGGAGGAGCGUAACAACGUGUCCACGCUGUACCGCAAGCUGAUCCUGGAACAGCUGCACGAAGAGGUGCCUGAAAUAGACUGGACGCGCUACCUGACGAUCGUAACGGAGCGGCCAGUCAAUGGGUCGGCCUUUGUCGUGAUGUUUGCGAUGGGCUACAUGCGCGAGCUGGUGGAGCUGCUCAACCAGACGGAGCCACGCAUCGUGGCCAACUAUCUGCUGUGGCGCUUUGUGCGGCACCGUAUCAACAAUCUGGACGAUCGCUUUCUCGGCGCAAAGCAGCGCUUCUCGAACGCACUGUUCGGGCGUGAACGGAACCCGCCCCGCUGGAAGAACUGUGUUACGCAGGUGAACGCCAACAUGGGCAUGGCGGUGGGCGCUAUGUUCGUGCGGCGCUACUUUGACGAGAACAGCAAGCGAGACACGCUCACGAUGACGCAUGAGCUGCAGGACGCGUUCCGCGAAAUUCUCGACCGCACUAGCUGGAUUGAUGCGCCAACACGGCGGCUAGCCGAGCAGAAGGUGAACGCCAUGUCCUUACGCAUCGGCUAUCCGGACUUUAUUCUCGAUACGAGCCAGCUCAAUGCGCGCUACGCCACGCUCCAGAUCCACCCGGACCGAUACUUCGAGAACACGCUGAACGUGCUCAGCCACAUACGGCGCACCGAUCAGGAGAAGCUCGGCCAGCCGGUGAAUAAGACGGCCUGGCAUACGGCACCGGCGGUGGUCAAUGCGUACUACAGCAGAAACAAGAACCAGAUCAUGUUCCCGGCCGGCAUUUUGCAGCCACCGUUCUACCACCGCCAUCUACCGAAGGCCAUCAACUACGGUGGCAUAGGGGUCGUGAUUGGGCACGAGCUGACGCACGGGUUCGACGACAAGGGGCGACUGUUCGAUCGCGACGGCAAUCUGUACCGCUGGUGGAGCGAUCAGGCGAUCGAGGCGUUCCACGAGCGGGCUGCCUGUCUGGUGCAGCAGUACAGUCGGUACACGAUCGACGAGGUCGGUGUGCAGCUGGACGGGGAAAAUACGCAGGGCGAAAACAUUGCCGACAACGGCGGUAUCAAGCAAGCCUUCCUUGCCUACAACAAAUGGCUCGCGGCCCAAACGGACCGCCGUGUGCUGGAGGCGGAAACACUGCCCGGGCUGAACGUCACCCGGACGCAACUAUUUUUUCUUAAUUUCGCCCAAAUUUGGUGCGGUGCGAUGCGCCCGGAAGCGACCCGGAACAAGCUCAAAACAGCGGUCCACAGCCCGGGAAGGUUCCGGGUCAUAGGGACACUGUCCAAUUCGGAGGACUUUGCGCGCGAAUAUAACUGCCCGGUGGGAAGCUUCAUGAAUCCGGCCGACAAGUGUAGCGUUUGGUAGCGACCGGGUGGGUCACGGGUGAAUGAAUGCGCGCUGUAAAUAAGCCCUAUUUAAGAGGUGGCAAUUCGAGUGAGGUUCAUCAACAGUCAGGCGAGUAGCGUGCGGACGGGGUCCAACAUCACUGAAAUGCGAGCGCGAUCCGUUUACAAUAUUGCGUGAUUCGUUACGAUCGAACGAUCGAACGCGCACCGAACGCACUUGCACGUGAAGACUUGCCGCCGUGUGGAAUAAAGCCUCGCGAAGCUACGCUCACUGCUUGCCAUCGUCACCAUAAGUCACUAUUUAAUUGAAAUCAAUUCCAAACCCGCCGGAGGAUCCACUCGAACGAUUGCCCGGGCGACAUCUUGCUCCCCUGCUAGCCGCGACUGUUAUCCAAUUUAUCUGCCGUAGAUCAAUUUCGCCCAGGGUCGAAUCGUUUCGUUCCGACAGUGGUACACACGAUCCGCACUUCAGAGGAAGAAUGGUUCAGCAAGAUCAGCGAGGUAGUUAAACGAUUAGAUUAAGCACACCUUACCGACCGACGCGGGGACAGAGGGUGUGAAGGGAUUCGUUCAUGCUAUCAUCAUUCAUCGGGUCCACAUGCUCAACGGCGAUCCCUUAAAGCAUUUCUUCCACUCCCGAAACUAAACUGUGCAUUCUAAUAUUUACAGUUCGUCUUAAGUACCUGAACCCCGCUAGAACCACCAGAAGAAGUGCUUUCCACAUCUCAAUGCAUGCAAUAAAACAAAUGUUAAACGGACACAA